AUGGAGUGGUCGGCAGACUGUAUAAUGUGGUCAUCUGGAAAUAUUGAUGGACAUGCCGGGAGUUCACACCUGAAUGGAUACCAUGAUAGCCAGAAGUCGGUCACCAUCCAGACCCCAGCCAGUCAACCGCUAUUGGAUGCAGAAGAGACAGGGCGAGAAGAUGAGGAGGAGGGGCGGGAUGAUAACUGGGGUGAGACGACCACAGCGGUGACAUCGGAGCGCAGCGCCUCCCUGGAGGAUGUAUCUCUACGGCACCGGCCCUCAGAGUCUCGGGCAGGCGGGCCCGGUGCUCGGACCAUGUUGGGGUUCUAUAUGUUCUGUGUUCUGGGGGUUCUGACUCUGCUGACUCCUCCUAUCUUCAUCCUUCUCCCUCAGGUCUUGUGGCGCUCCGACCUCGAGCCCUGCGGGGUCACCUGUGAGGGUCUUUAUAUCUCUGUGGCCUUUAAGAUGCUGUUCAUGGUGCUGGGCUCCUGGGCAGUGUUCCUUCGUACCCCGCGCUACGUUCUGCCCCGCCUGGUGGAGUUUCGGGCUCUAUUGCUUCUCCUGCUGUGCAUCUUCCUCCUCUCCUAUUGGCUGUUCUAUGUGGUGAGGGUCUUGGGGGGCCGGGAGCGGGACCUGCUGAGUGUGGUCCAGUAUGCCGCCUCCAUGGUGGACGCCUUCAUCUUCAUCCACUACCUGGCCGUGGUUCUACUGGAGCUGAGACAACUGCAGGCCUACUUCAUCCUGACGGUGGUACGGAGCAGUGACGGGGAGCGCCGCUUCUACACCCUGGGGACCGUCAGGUAGG